AUGGGUAUUCCUGGACUCUGGGAUUUCAUCGCCGAUUGCAAAGAAAUUGUUGAUCUUGCCGAAUUUGCAAGCCAACAUUUUGAGCAACAUAAAAGACCAUUGAGAAUCGCGGUUGAUGAGGCAACUUGGAGACAUAAGUUAUAUAUUAGCAACAAAGCGAAACUUUGUAAAGAAUAUUCCAAUCUCCAUCUUAACGAACGAAAUCUUAUAUCUGUCGUUGUACGGCUCUUAAAAUUGAACAUCCAGUUGGUUUUCGUAGCAGAUGGUCCUUAUAAACCUGGUGAGAAAUAUGGCGCCAAGGGAGGUGGAGUGUGGAAGUACAAGAGCGAAGUUUUGCAAAAUUGUUUGAAGUUUCUAGGAGUGAAGUGGCAUGAGGCGCCUGGGGAGGCGGAAGCGGAAUGUGCAGUGUUGCAGAGGAGAGGUAUGGUGGAUUGUGUCUGGACGGAGGAUGGUGAUGCGUUAAUGUUUGGGUGUGGGGUUUUGAUGAGAUUUUGUUAUAGUGAUGAGGAGGAGGAGAAUGGGGAGAAGAAGGAAAAGGGGAAGGGUAGUGGUGGGUGGACGGCGAAGAGGAGUGGCAUGAAAGAUUUGAAUAAGGUGGUGCUUUAUAGAGCGAUUAUUAUUGAAAGUAAACAUCCGGGGUUUGAUAGGGGGGGCUGGUUACUUUUUGUGUUGUUGAGGGGAGGGGAUUAUGGGAAGGGAUUACAUGGUUGUGGGGUAUGGAAGGCAAGUAAGGCUGUUGAAUUGGGGUUUGCAAAGGAACUUUGUGAGGCGAUGAAAACAUCAGAGGAUCUUGAGAUUUGGAGGACCAAAUUACGGAAACAUUUUGUGGGCUCCAAUGCAGGAGUUAGCGUUCCUUGGAAUUUUCCGGAUGAAAGAAUUUUAGGUCUCUAUAAGUCACCUAGUGUUUCUUCCGUUGAAAGACUGGGAACAUUGGAGGAAAAUAUGUGGACUGGGACAAUUGACGAGAAGAAACUACAGCCUUUUCUGUUGGAAAAGUUUGAUUGGGGGAUCAACAAAUAUCUCGACUACAUCGUCCCAAUCAUUCUCACACAGUCUCUAGCUUCCUUCGACCGGAAUGCAGAAUUGAACAUUGACGAGUACAAUCUCACAUAUAUGGAAUCCGGACCAAUAUGCAAUGUGUGGUUUUCACUGUACGCCGUUACGUCUCUUGGAAAAGAGUGGGUGGAUAGGUGUGUUGAUCAUUUAAACAAAAAGCGCCCGGAAAGAUGGAAACGGUAUGAGAUACCAUGGGGAAAUGGACCGAUGGGAGAGGGGAAGAGAUUAUUAACAUGUGUUGUCAAGCAUGCAAUGGAAUCAGAGACUUCUCUAGUACCAGAUGCUAAACCUGAACUCGAACGGUCGAUUUCUAAAAACAGAAGACGAUCUUUUUCACCACAUAGAAUGGUUCUUGAAGACAGGACACGAAUUAAAAAACCUCGAGUUUCGAUUUCGCCUCUGCCAACACCAACACCUCAAGAUCGAUUCGCGGCUACGAAAGAAGAGAUGUCGUUUAACAUUUCUUUAUACGAAGAUUCAGACGAUGAUUUAUUUGCUGAGUCUAUAGAGAAUUUCUCAAAAUCUUCGAGGCCAUCCACAGUUCUCAACAAUCAGAAAAGACAGCAGGACUAUGAUAAAACUACAGAGACAAAGCUGAAUUCACCCAAGCCUUUCAAAUCAACCAGAAAUUCUGUCUAUAAGAUUAGAUCACCAUCACACACUAGUCACAAACCUCAGUCAGCUCAGAAUUCUCCUGCAAAUCUUCUCUCCAGCUCCAAACACAACGCUACACCUCUUUUCCCGCCAACCGAAUCCACCCCCAUAGAUGAAGAAUAUACAAACACAUUCCACGUCGCCAUGGACGAGCCUCUAGACUCAGACUUCGACUCAGAGUUUGAAUUCGACUUUCCAGAAAAUUCAUUUCCUCAACCCAAAAUCUCACCACCUCAUCCAAUCGACUACCAAACCUCUCACUUUCACUCCCACUCCCACUCCCACUCCCACAUCAUCCCAAAUCCGCAACCGACCCGCAACCCCCUUCCCAUGCGCUCCCCACCCCCCAAUCUCAAAAACGCCUUCCCAAACGACUUCCCAAACGACACAUUCACAAUCGCCAUGGACGAACCCCUCGAUAUCGAUCUGAACCCCUCACCCGCGUCUCCAAAUCCAACCUCCCAAUCCCAUACUUCCUCAAUCCCAUCUGCGCACCCAAACAUAUCAUCUUCAAACCUCUUGGAUACCAAUCUCAACAUCAACUCCAACACCAAUAAUAAAUGGAUAUCCCCACCACAUCCUCAUCCAAAUCCUCAUCCUCAUCCAAAUCCCAAUAUUCUUCUCUACCCUUCCCAUCCUACAGGUCCCUAUCAAGAACUCGAUAUUUCGUCUUUUUUUUCUUCCUCGCAAUCUCAAUCUCAAUCUCAAUCUCAGUCAUAG